AUUUAACCAUACGUUAAAGGAAUGUCACAGAAGACCAUAAAUAAUGAAAGAGUCAGAUAAUAUUAAAAAGUACACCUAACCUAAAAGUAGUAAUUACUACAUUUAGUUUUUAAAAAGUAGUAUUCAAUAAAAUCUGUACAUACUAAUAUAUUUAUAUAGGCUUCUAUGAUAAUAAACAUUAAAUAUGCUACUGCCAAAUCGAUAAUCUCAAAAAUUCGAAAAUCCAAAAUAAAACAAUACACAUCCCUCAACAAAAAAUCAGGGCAGUGCUAUUUUAAAAAAGUUGAAUUCUUCAAAACAUAAUUAAAAAUCAAAUCUUUAGUAGCAGGUUCUUUGAUCAAUGAGUGUACUUAUUAUUUAUAUUGA